AUGGCUCGUCCGGCCACCACUGCUGCGGAUUCUCUCCGCCACGAUUUCGAAUCUUCAGAUCUUGACAUUCCACUGAAGGACGCAUCCAUUGUUUCGCUGAGGGCGCUCGAGGAUGGCGAGGAAGGGUUUGAGGACGUGGACCUGAGAGACACCCAAUGCUUUUGGAGACGCUUGCGGAUGGGCUUCCGAAGGAGACGCAGUGGAAGGGAACCGAUGCCUGCACAUGAACUGUUGACCCUACCAGGCGAGAAGGCGAGGUUGCUGAAGAAGAGCGAAUCUAGGCAUCGAUGGAGGAAAUAUGGUGUGAGGAUAGGCUGUGCUUCAGUGCCGGUGAUGAUCCUCUGCUUUUUUGGCAUCGUCCAUAUCACCAACGUCUUCAUGUCACUAGUUCCGGUCGUAUGGGACGAUGACGACCAUUCCUUCCUCCCUGCCUGGGGACAGCCUGGCGAACUUGGUGAGGGACUUGCUUCGUAUCCCACUGACUUCACACGGGAUGUAACUCCCAUUCCAUGCCAUUCCCAUAAUGACUACUGGCGCCGAGUACCGUUAUACCAAGCUCUCCACUACGGCUGCACCGGCGUCGAGGCAGACGUCUGGCUUUUUGACAACGAGCUCUUCGUUGGACACAACACAAUCUCCUUGACUCGCAAUCGAACCUUCCGGUCCUUAUACGUGGACCCCCUCGUCAACAUCCUAGUUCAGCAAAACACUGUCAAUGAAUUCUCCGCGCCCUCUAGUACCACUAAGAAUGGCGUAUUUGAUGAGGAUCCAACCCAAACCCUCGUCCUCCUGGUCGACUUCAAAAAUUCAGGCGAAGACAUAUAUCCUGUCGUCGUAGAACAAUUGUCCGCUUUGAGAGAAAAAGGGUUCCUAACCUACUCCGAUGGCACCACUAUCUUCCAAGGUCCCAUAACUGUCGUCGCAACCGGUAACGCUCCAUUCGACCUCAUAACCUCUAACACCACAUACCGGGACAUCUUCUUCGACGCACCAUUAUCCGACAUGUAUGAGGAGCCUGAAGACGGCUUUCCCACACCUGGAUCCUACCAUUCCCAUCCCCCGAAAUUCUCCCAAGCGCCUGGCCCCAACAGUAACCCCCAACCGCCACGCAUGAAGCGCAACUCUGGUCAAGGCACUGUCGGCAUCAACGACUCCUCCACCUUCGACAUGACAAACUCCUACUACGCAUCCGUCUCGUUCAGGAAAUCAAUCGGACUCAUCUGGGGCGGUAGACUCUCCCCCACACAAAUGAACCUCAUCCGCGGUCAGAUCCAAGGUGCGAAAAGAAGGGGACUAAAGGUUCGGUACUGGAACACGCCUAAGUGGCCUGUGGGAUUGCGAAAUCACGUCUGGCGAGUGCUAGUUCGGGAGGGUGUAGACUACCUGAAUGGCGAUGAUUUGAGGGCGAUGGCGAGGGUGGAUUGGGGGAGAAGGAGACAUCAUGGCUGGCUUUGA